AUGCUUUGGCUACGGCAGAUACUGCGAAGUAAAGCACGUCCCUCGCGCUUCUAUACUGGGCCUCAAACGAUCACCGCUCACACGCCUGUUCGACAUGUGAGAUUUCGACGACCCUGGCUAAGGUCCUUUAUCGGAAAAUGUUUAUUUUACGGCGUCGCUUUCCAUACCUGGACUGUCAUUGUUAGAGUUUACGCCAACUGGGACGAGGACCCCGAUGAAAAGCUGGAAAGACGUAAAAAACCUCUCAAAGAAAAGGAACUACUUGAAUCCAAGCGCCAAGAUAAGGAAAUAGCAGAGGAGGAGGCAGAGGAGGAUGAGCCCGUAUUCAUCCCCCUUACUUGGUACUUGGAAGAACAGGAGGGUGAAUUCUACACCGCAUCAGACCCGGAAUGGCAGGUGUAUUCGAAGAUAUCAAAGGAUCGCGAGAAAUUGCAAAAGCUGAGAGGUUCGUUUGGUUUUCUGAAUUCCACCGGAAUCGAGCCAACACUAACAAAUGCCAGAUGA